AUGAGCCAACAGAAAAUAACCAAGGUUGCCUCAAUGGCGGCUUCGGUGUCAAAAUUCAUCCCAAGAACCGUGUUCCCGGAUUACCGCGUAUCGCUGGCUGAUUUCAAGGGCCACCAUGUGGUUGCCAUGACCAAACUCACACAGCUGGCUCCUCAGAUAGACCUGGUGCUCGAGGUGCGAGACUCCAGAGCUCCUAUAAGCACAGGAAAUGUGCUCUUAGACAGACCAUUACAGGGGAAGGACAAAAUCGUAUUAUACUCCAAGUCUGAUCUGUCUAAUCUGGAUCCCCAGCUACUGAAGAAAUGGCACAGGUCUGAGUCCGAAUACAUGAUCUUCAACUCGAACUCUGAUCGUGAUAAAAAAAAGCUUCUGCAACUUUGCAAGCAGAAACAUGCUGAGAUGUAUCCACCACCUCCUCUGGGCUUGCGAAUGAUCGUAACAGGGAUGCCUAACGUCGGAAAGAGCGUUAUCGUUAAUAACCUCAGGCGGCUUGGGAUGGGUGGUAAGCGCAAUGGGUAUGGCAAGAAUGUGGCACGAACCGGGGGCCAGCCCGGUGUCACCAGAUCGACUUCCGAGGUCAUUUGGAUUUCCAAGAGCCCUUCCAUCUACGUUUAUGACACGCCUGGAGUUUCGUUGCCGCAAGCAAAGAACUCAGAGACGAUGAUCACUCUGGCUCUGGUGGGCGCAGUGAAGCCCACCAAGGUGGACCCGGUGAUAGUGGCUGAUUAUUUGCUUUAUGUCCUGAAUUUGCAAGAUCCAACAGGUGGACUAUACAGCGAUUAUCUCAAAGAUCCUACUAACGAUAUUUCGGUGUUAUUGAGGGCAAUAGCCAUCAAGCUCAAGAAGUACAGAUACGUUGAUAAGAAGAUCGUGGUGGACGAGACGGGAACAGCCAUCCAUUGGGUAGAUAAGUGGCGUCAGGGAAGAACCAAGAAGAAGGUGGUAUUUGAGGCUGCCGCUAUUCCUGGUGCCACAGAGGCAAAUGAAUCUAAAGAUUUUUUGGAGCAGAGGUUUGUGGAUGAGAAGGAAAGAGUCAAUCGUAUGGACAUCGAUCUGAAUAGGACGGGCAAGUCCAGCAUAAACGCGAGACGCGCUUUCAAGCAGAAGAGGGCAGAUAGAGCAAACCUGUUGUUCAGGUGA